CAGUGACGUCAUCACAAAGCUCACAAAGUGUGGCUGACAGGUAAUAAAGCCACACACACGUUUACAGGUGAAUUUAAUGCUGUUGGGACAAUCGUUCUUCGCCUAUUUGACCACAUAAGAUGUCUUCACUCCUCAAGGUGGACAAUGAAAUUAAAACCAAGGUUGAUGCUUUCAGGGAACGUAUCACUUCAGAAGCAGAGGAUCUAGUUGCGAAUUUUUUCCCAAAGAAGCUGCUGGAACUUGAUCACUUCUUAAAGGAUCCAAUCAUCAACAUCGCUGAACUGAAGGAGAUCCACUCCGAGAUAAACCUGACGGUGCCCGACCCCAUCCUGCUCUCAAACCUGCACGACGGUCUAGAAGCGCAAAAUGCCAAAAAGAGGAAGCUGGAGGAUGGAGGUGGGGAGGACAUGGUGACCGGCACUAAGGUCUUCGUCAUGCCCGGUGGGAUGAUGAAGAGCAAUGGAAACCUCGUUGAUCUUAUUGAAAAGGUCAAACCAGAGAUCAGGACGCUCAUAGAGAAAUGUAACACAGUCAAAAUGUGGGUUCAGCUGCUCAUCCCCAGGAUAGAGGAUGGCAACAACUUCGGAGUGUCAAUCCAGGAGGAGACGGUAGCUGAACUGAGAACAGUCGAAGGAGAGGCAGCGUCUUACCUCGACCAGAUAUCAAGAUACUACAUCACAAGGGCAAAGCUGGUUUCUAAAAUAGCAAAAUAUCCACAUGUGGAGGACUAUCGGCGCACAGUAACCGAGAUUGACGAGAAGGAGUACAUCAGUCUGAAGAUCAUAGUUUCUGAGCUCAGAAAUCAAUACGUAACGCUACACGACAUGAUCCUGAAGAACAUUGAGAAGAUCAAGAGGCCUCGAAGCAGUAAUACCGAUGCGUUGUACUGAUGUUCAUCCAGCCGCCCCCCGUCUCCACCCCUCAUCUCCACCCUUCGUCUCUCUGCCAUGCCUGUUGAGCUAUAGUAGCCCGGCGUCAGUCCACACACAGGACUACAACUAGACAUUCACCUCCUUCAGUACAAUCACCACAGCCCUGUACAGAAACAUUAGCCCCCAUAGACGGACACAUCGCACAUGUUUUUGUUUUAAAUGUAAAAUAUUUUUCUUGUUUUAAACCCUUUGAAGGAAAAUGGGGAAAUAGAUCAUAGACAACAAAAAGCGCUAUGUAUUUUUUAAUUUUAAUUAAACAUUUCGUCCUCUGA